GCGUGAACAUGUCACUGGGAUUAUUCUUUGCAUAAUUCAGUAUUGGGAGAGAAUUCGUUCGAAUCUUCCAGCUAGAGUCGCCAAAGUUACAACCAAUUCACGAAAAGCGGCUGUUGUGCCUGGGCAAUGUGCAGCCCGGCAAGCCUCUCCCGAAAACGCGUCAGGGCACACCAUCGGGAAAUCGAAGCGGACCAAUUAGCAGAUAAGGGGGGGCUUGGAAGUAUUUUCGAAGAUCUCUGCGAAAAACUCAACCCUCUAUCAAUGGCAGUCUCCAUCCAAUGACAAGCUAGAGCAACGUGGAGAGCAGCUGGAUUGCGAACGCAUCACUCGCUCUCUGACGGCUCCACCGCCCAUAUUAAAAACUCUGAAAAAGAAAAAGGAUACAAUAGAGUACAGUGCUACGUGUAGUCGGAUACAUGGAUACUCGCUCGGAUUACUGUUGUAUGGAAACAAUGGUCUUACUAACCAACACCGGACUGCCCGUUGUAGCGACUCAAAAAGCCAAAAUCAAGGGUAUAGAGAUCUCAUAUUUGCCAACAAGAACACCAUGAACAACACCUAGAAAACAACCAUAUACACUAUCACUACAAGUCACUUUCAACAUGUGCCGGCAAAUGACUGCUCAGCUCACUACGGACUAGAGCAGCAUCUCGCAACCGCAUGCUCCCCACCGUGCUGCGUCAUUGUGCUUCAAGUUUUUACUGUUGCCCUCCGCUUUGGCCCGUUUUACAGAUACCGAGUCCGCUUGAAUACUACACUGCGGGCCAGGCAUGUCUCCUCCCAGGCCAGCGGUUACCGUUGCGAAAACACCAACCAACCACGCCGCCGCCAAAGGCGUACGCGCAACCACCAAUCUCCACCGCGAUGCCCACUCUUUCUCCAGUAAAACCUCACAGUUUUGGACGUUCCUCGAGGUACGUAUAUGGACUGACCAGGGGGGUUGGGAUAACGGGGCCCGCGAAACGGAACAGAGGGGACCAGGAGCCACAGUAGAUUACGGCCGGAGGCUCCAACAGAGUUUUGGUGUAUCCGAAUCGCCGUCACCGCCAGCAAAAGAUACUGUUGCUAGUCCCACCUCAGCCGUAGUGAUGACGACAAGCAGCAGACUCUGGUACCCUACGCAAGGCGUAGUGCGGUUUUUGGUGAUGGGCCUCGGCGGAUAACGACGGCAAGGGGCGUGUGUGUACCAAACGGAACAACCUAGAAGCCAAACAAAACUGUUUUGUCCUGUGAAAGUCGUGCUCGGUCGUGCCCGAUAUCUCAGAGAUACAGGAUAUAUAAGACUCUUGUUCCUUCUGUUCAUUUCCACCUAUUCAUUCUCUUCAUUCUCAUCUUCUACAAGCCGCUGGACGCCUACGAAACAACUUAUACACAUCUUCCCAUUACAAACUUAUUUGGUGUUUACUUCUACAGCCUCAUUCACCCAUUAACUCUGAAACUUUCUUCCUUCUUCUUUUCUUUCAUCAUGUCUCCCGUCGCUAUUACCCCCGAGGCCUCUCCCGAGCGCGAGAUCCAGGUCAAGAAGGCCGUCGUAUCUGGCAACCGCUCCAAGAGCUCCUCUGUCUCCUCCACACACUCCGUCGGUUCUGUCAUGCUGAACGAUGGUAACACCAUUCCCCAGGUCGCCCUUGGCGUAUACAAGGCUCCCAACGGUCAGGAGACCGAGGAUGCCGUCACUGCUGCUCUCGAUGCUGGCUAUCGACACAUCGACUCUGCUGCCCGCUAUGCCAACGAAGAGGCUUGUGGCCGCGCUAUCCGCCGCUGGCUCGAGAAGACUGGCACUCCUCGUGAGGAGGUCUUUGUCUGCUCCAAGCUCUGGGACUCUGACCACGGCUACGAGGCUACCUUCAACGCCCUCUGCACCUCACUCGACAAGUUUGGCCUCGACUACCUCGACCUGUACUUGAUCCACUCUCCCGCCGACGAUGCUGACAAGCGCCAUGAGUCGUGGCGUGCUCUUGAGACUGCUCAACGUCUGGGCAAGGUCAAGUCGAUUGGCGUGUCCAACUUUGGCGCCGCCCACAUCGAGAAGCUCAUCGAGGAAACUACCGUCGUCCCUGCCGUCAACCAGGUCGAGGUCCACCCCUUCUGCCAGCGUCAGGCCCUUGUUGACCUUUGCGAGAAGCAUGGCAUCAAGAUUGAGGCUUACUCUCCCCUAGCUCGUGGCAACAAGCUCGAGGACCCUACCAUUGUUGCCAUUGCUGAGAAGUACAACAAGACCCCCGCACAGAUCCUCCUCAACUGGUCUGCUGCUCGUGGCAACGUUGUCCUCCCCAAGUCCUUGACUCCCUCUCGCAUCGAGUCCAACUUGGAAAGCUUUGACUUUAAGCUUGCCGAGGAGGAUGUGCAGACCAUCAACGCUCUUGAGGAGAACUACGUUACUGGUUCCAUGCACAAGUCCCGGGACUAAAUUGCUCGCUGUGGCUUUUUAACGACCAUUUCCUUUGUUAAAUUGGAUUCUUUGGCGCCGGCAGAGCCGUUGACGCCCUGGGCCAUACUUGAGCCCUUUAUUUUCUCCUCCGCUUAUAGACUGCAAGAUUUCUUGCGAUAGACCCAAGGAGACGGCGUUUGGGGAUUUUGUCCUCUUAAAAAGAGACGGACUACUAUUUUACUUGCAUUAGAUUAGCCUUUGAAAUUAACUACUUGAACCCAUUUUCACCGACU